CCCAAAGCUAGCUAUUAGCUAAUAUACCAACUUUCGUGAUUAUUUGUAUUUUUAUUUGUAAAUAUCACAUCACACAGACUGCAAUAAUGAAGUUGCUAACGCAUAACAUGUUGACGUCGCAUGUAAAAGGAGUAACUAAAGGAUAUCCGCUGCUGAUUAAGGCGACAGAGGUGAAAGUGAAUGAAGUUGAGUUCAACCCUCAGUUUGUGAGCAGAAUGAUACCAAAGCUGGAGUGGAGUGCUUUCAUCCAUGCAGCUGAAGGGCUCGGAUACCUGCAGGACUUGCCCAGCAUGCCUGUAUCAAACUUUGAGAACGAUGAAGACUUUUUACGCAAAGUUCACAGAGUCCUGCUGGAGGUGGAGGUGAUAGAGGGAACUCUGCAGUGCCCUGAGUCUGGUCGAGAAUUCCCCAUCACGAGAGGAGUCCCCAACAUGCUCCUCAAUGAAGAUGAGUCAUAAGAGACAUCCCUGCUUUUGUUUCAUUCAAAUACAACAAACAGCAACAUAGUACAUUACUGAUGUUUGGGAUUGCAGCAGAGUUGGAUGGAGUUGCAAUGAGUCAAGACAUGAAAACUGACUGCUGUUCCUCUGAAAUACUUGCCAUAAUUUAAACCUGGUCUUUAAUUUAAGCAGUUAAUCUUAGCCACAAAUUCUGUUCUCAGAUCGUGUUUACUGUGUUUUGUAAUAUACAUUUCGAUAAAUCUGUGUUAAAAUCUUA